GCCUUUUUCGUUACUAUAGUUCCCUACUCUCGUGUUAUGAAAUUCAUCUAUUCCUGGCGAAAGUAAAUUCCAUGUUCCAUCAAUAAAUUCCAACUGGAAAUUGCCACAAAAUGUCAAGAGCUGGCUCGGAUAUAUUGGCGGUCCUGAGGGGUCUACAAAUGGUGUUGGAGCAGAUGCAACGUGAACACCGGGAAUUAAGUCGCCAUCUGUGGGCCAAUUCCAGCAUACGAGAAUUGCUUGAAGAAAAUCUACGACUUGGCAAGGAAUACCUGCAGAAGACUGGAGAAAAUCCCACCGAAGAAUUAAAGAAACUACAAGAAUUGUUAAAAGAAACCCGGGAACGUUCAUGUGUGGUUGUGGAGGGUGUCAAACAGCUGACUGCCGCUAAAAUAGCUACAGAUUUUAAGAUGACUCAGAUACAAAUGCCAUCAUUCUCAGCAGGUGAGAAGAUGAUGAGUGGGCGACAAGCUCACGAACAGAUGACAAACGCAACAGUUGAUUAUCAACCAGUCAAUACAAAAGAAGGGAAAACUUCGACGCCCUUUACUGCAGCUGGUAAAAUAGAUGCAGCCAACUUGGAUGUAUCCUCAAUAACUCUAAAGGAAAUGGAAGAGAUUUUGUCCAGACGUUUGGAAAUACGUAAAAGAGAAAGCAUGGAAACCCAACAGAAAAAGGAAACGAUAAAUGAAGCACCAAAACAAUCUGAGAUUCCCACUACAGCAGCCACUUCCUCCUCAGCACCUGUUUCCGAAUCCAUGAAAUCUGAUACGGAGUAUGUGAAAAAUGUCCUAUCCUUUGUGGCUGGGGCUCCGGCAGCGUCUGGGGAUGCCUCCACAACUACAUCACAAAUUGAAUUGCCUUCGCUCACCCAGGUGUCCAAGCAAAGAAAAGUACCCUCCAGUCGCAUAGGUAGAAUGGCCUCAUUUGGUGGUCUAUUUGCUGGUUUGGGUAUUGGCACAAUAAAUGAACUUACCAAAGGUGCCUUGGGCCUGGGAGGCUCCACAAAUGUCAAAGAUGCCCUACUGAGUCCCGCCAAUGCUGAUCGUAUUGUUGAUACUUUGUGUAAAGUACGUGGAGCCGCCUUGAAGAUUGGUCAAAUUCUUUCCAUACAAGAUUCCAAAGUUGUUUCACCACAACUGGCCAAGGCAUUUGAACGAGUACGCCAAUCGGCCGACUAUAUGCCCGAUUGGCAGGUGGAAAGGGUUAUGAACACCGAACUGGGUCCCCAGUGGCGUGAUUUGUUUAAAUCAUUUGAGGAUAAACCUUUUGCCGCCGCCUCCAUUGGCCAAGUACAUCGUGGUGUCCUGCAAAAUGGCAUGCAGGUUGCUGUCAAAAUUCAAUAUCCUGGUGUGGCCAAGAGUAUUGAAAGUGACAUUGACAAUUUGGUGGGUAUGCUCAAGGUAUGGGAUGUCUUUCCCAAAGGUUUCUUCAUUGACAAUUUGGUCAAGGUGGCAAAACGUGAAUUAAACUGGGAGGUGGAUUAUACCCGAGAGGCUGAUUACACGGAGAAAUUUAAGGAAAUGAUUGCUCCCUAUGGUGAAUAUUAUGCACCCUUGGUCAUACGCGAUAUCACAACGAGCAGUGUCUUGACAACGGAAUUGGUACCCGGUGUGCCAUUGGAUAAGUGUUUUGAAAUGAGCUAUGAUCAUCGUCGUCACAUUGGAGAAUCGGUUUUGAAAUUGUGUCUGCGAGAACUCUUCGAAUUCCAAUGCAUGCAGACAGAUCCAAAUUGGUCGAAUUUCUUAUAUGAUGCCCCCUCUAGAAGGCUAAUGCUUAUUGAUUUUGGCUCAACAAGAUUCUAUCAAAAGGAAUUCAUUAAGAAAUAUAGAAGUAUUAUCAUGUGUGCGGUUAACAAUGAUCGCCAAGGUGUAUUGGAAAUUUCCCGGGAAAUGGGUUUCCUUACCUCCUAUGAAACAAAGCUAAUGGAAGAGGCCCACGUGGAUGCUGUUAUGAUUUUGGGCGAAAUGUUCCGUUGUGAGGGAGAGUUUGAUUUUGGCAAACAGAACACCACGGAACGUCUGGCCAAUUUGGUACCCACAAUGGUGGCCCAUCGUUUGUGUCCACCUCCGGAAGAAAUCUAUUCAAUUCAUCGCAAAUUAUCGGGUAUAUUUUUGUUAUGUUCCCGGUUGAAUAUACGCCUGGAAUGUCGUCCAUUGUACGAUGAAAUAGUGGUGGGAAAAUUUAGGGAAUAGCACAAAAACCAUAAAUAAUAUUUUUAUAAACUAAGGUGUAAGGUCUAAAGAGGCAGCGUACAUAUUUUAUUUUUAUAGAUUUAUAUAAUUAAUUUGUAAUACAAAUGCAAGGUGAUUUACUAACCAAAAGUGACAAUGUUAAACAUGUUUUCCGAAAGAAAUUGUAAAAUGAAAAAAUGUAAAGCUCUAAUAUUUUAAUUUAUUAUAUUUUUUAAGCCUGGUUCUUGGCCAAAACCACGAAGGGUUUGGAGUAAGAUAAGAAGGUGUUGUGGUCUCUUUAAAGUGUGGUUUGAUCAAAUCCAGAGAUAAGCUAUAGAAAGAAGGUACCUGAAGCUGUGGUAGUAAAACGAGAGUAAUGCACAUAUUCCGACGAUAUCUAACUCUGAUUCUGGAAAUUAAUGGUGCCUUACUAGCGCUGAAAGAUAUAUAGAGAAAUGCUUUCCAUUUUCGCCUUAAUUUAGUCAUCGAACCUUGGCGCUUAAUUUCCAAAUUUUGGGGUUGUUGAGCAACAAAUUGAGUCCUAUUUUUUCAGGCUCUAGAAAAACAGUGGGUGCGGCUUGAAUGAUAUAGCAAAUUGUUGCUGGAUAAAGCGUCAAAAACACUUCAAUUAUAAAGUUUAUAAGCCAAAUGUAGUGUAAAUGCUGUUACUAAUUGAUGCUGUUGGAGUAACGCCUAAUUUGUGAGAUCAGGCCACACAAUUAAGUAUUUCAAUGAUAUUGAAGUCUGCUCCCAGAAAUGGAACUGCUUUGUCAAUUUGCAAGGAUUUGAAUGAAAAGACGAUUUGCUUAAUUGAAGGCAUUUGAAAGGCCAAUCACAACAGCUUAGCUUUAAGGAAUAAAAUCUUCGGUAAGAAUUACUAAA